UAUUAAUAUGCAAACAAAUCCUAUUUGUCCAUAACCUGAGGCAUAAUAUUUAGAUAAUUAUGAUAAUUUUGAAGAAGUAACUUAAACAUUUAAAUGUCUUCAAAAAAUUCAUCAACCCCUUGAACAAGAAGCAACUUAUUUUUUGAUACGUGCUCCAACUAAAGAUAAUGUUCAUCGUGCUAUUAAAUAUGGGAUUUGGACUAGGUAGUUAUACAUAAAAUUCUUUAGUUCGAGUCGUAAUAAUUAGAAAUUAAAUGAUGCAACACGUCCAGUUUAUUUAUUAUUUAAUGUUACCUAAACAUCACACUUUAUUGGAUUGGCUAAAAUUGUUAGUAAUUUUAGGGAAAAUAUGCAUUUUAUGUUUUGGGCAGAAGAGAAUAAAUGGUUUGGAUCAUUUUAGAUUGAAUGGGUAAUAAUCCUAUAAACAAAAGGUCUUUGUAAGAGAUUUACCAUAUAGCGAAUUAAGUUCAAUUCAACAAUCAAGUGGAAAAUGUAUUCACGAAUUGAUUGAUUGCACUUAAAUUGAAAAUGGAGAUAUAAUCUAUUCUGCCUUUCAAAAUUAGACUUAAAAAAGCUGCAUGUUAAAGUCAUUUAAGGAAUUGGAUAAUUCAGAAGUAUUUUAUUACACUUUAUUUCUUAGAAAAGGAAGAGAAAUGAAAGAGAUUCUAAUCCAAAUUUUCUCAUUUAGUUUUAAGAAUAUAUUAGUGUCUUUGAAUCUAUGCCAUUCACUUUCUCAGUAGCUUCUUAUUAAAGAAGAAAAUAGUAAUAAUUUCAAAAUCAAUAUUAUUAAUAAUGUGCAUAUUAUUACUAAAGCCCUUGGUACGGAGUUGGUAUAUUUUACUAUAAUUAUAGCCUAACCUACAUUUUGGAAUUAAUAGCAACAAUUAUAAUAAUAACCCAUACAAUAAUAAUAGUAAUAGUAAUAAUAAUAACAAUAAUAAUCUUCUAAUAAUCCUGGUUUUUAUCAGACUUCCAAUUACAAUCGACCCCAGACCUAAAACCAUCAAAACAAUAAAUUUUAACAAAAGAAAUAAUUAAAUAAUAAGAAUAAUAUUUAAUAGAGUCCAAAAAAAUAAUGAAGUUAAUGAGUAUAUUAAUAUAAACAGAC